AUGUUAUCCCAAAUUGUUCAGACAAUGAGAAUGAUUACAAUUCUACCACCAAAGGCGAAAUUGUACUCAGAAAAUGAAAAGUUGUCGAUAUAUGCAGGAACUAUUAAAAGUUCUUUAAUUGCAUAUCCAUAUGAUUACAAUUAUCUUGACUUGUUAUGCCAAGCUGAUAACAAAACCGAACCAUCACGCUUAUUUAAUACAAAAUUACUCGAAAUUGGCGAGAAAAAGACACCUUAUGAACUCGAAAUCGGAAAAGACAUCGAAAACAUUCCAGUUUGCAACAAAACAUACACAGAUGCCCAAAAGAAAGCUCUCAUUAAUCUCAUUGAUAACAAAUACAGGUUAUUUUACAAACUAGAUAAAUUACUUAUCAGAGAUGAGUUCCAAACCAACGAAUCAAUUACAUAUUUGGCUGGCGCACCACUUGGUAUCAAAGAUUCUAACAACAAACAUUAUCUUUACAAUCAUUUCGAUUUCAAUGUGGAAUUAUCACCAUUAGACAAUGGUAAAACCAAGAUCGUUGGCUUCGAAACAGGUAUUAUAUUAUCCUCAGAAGGCUCUGAAAGCAUAGAAAACAUGACAUCCGUUAAUUUCACUUAUUCUGUUCAUUUCUUUACAACAAAGACACAAUACGAGAACAGAUGGGCCAAACUUACAUCAGGAUUCACAUCCAAUAUGCAUUGGCUAUCAGCUCUCAGUACUUUAGUCAUUAUAAUCGCUCAAGCGGUUGUUAUGGGCGCUCUGUUACUAAGAAACGUCAAAUUCGACUUUAAACGUUACAGAAAGAUGCUUGACGAUGAAGAUGAUCCACUAGAAGAAAGCGGAUGGAAAUUAGUUCAUGGAGACGUUUUCCGUCGUCCAAUUGAUAUCGAGAGGCUUACAGAAUAUUUGUCUGGAGGCUUAUCUUUACUAUUUGCGGUCGGACUUUUGCUUUUUUUGCUUGCUCUCGGAAUUUUUGAUUAUAUCAAAGAAAUUUCUUUAAUGAAAGCCUUUGUUUACUGCUUCAUUAUAUCAAACUUGUUCAGUGGUAUCAUUUCCGGUGCGUUUUUCCAUACAAUUGGCACAAAAGCAUGGAAAAAUACAAUGUUCAGGUCUUCCAUCGUUGCUAUCCUUCCAGUCUUUGUUAUUCAUGGUGUUAUUAACAUGAUACAGUUAGAUAGCUCAAUAACAAUGCAUUUAAUUCCAUAUAUCUUAUUAUAUGCAUUUUAUGGCGGAAUUUCAGCAUUAUUAUUCAUAAUUGGAUUUGUAUAUGGCCUUAGAAUGCGCCAAUACGAGUUCCCAUCACGAGUUAACCAACUUCCAAGACAAAUUCCUUACCAACCGAAAUAUCUCAACGGAUACUUGGUAAUGUAUAUUGGAAGCCUCGUAACAUUCUUAUCCUUCGCGUUCCAGGCUCAUACAUUGAUGGAUUCAAUUUGGAUUUCUCAUUCUCCUUACAGAUUGUAUUUGCUCUUGUUUAUCAUCUUCCUUGCGAUGGUGGCAACAGCAUGUGAGGUUUCUAUCUUAGUUGUUUAUCUUUAUUUGGCUCAUGAAAAUUAUAAUUGGUGGUGGAUUUCAUUUUACACUGCCGCUUAUUCGGGAGCCUAUUAUUUUGUUUAUUCUAUUAUUUAUCUCUUCACUUUUUACAAACCAGCAACAAAAAUUGCUGUUAUUUCAUUUUUACUUGUUUCCCUUCUUAUAGGAAUUAUUAUCUUCCUUAUUAAUGGAGCUUCUGGCUUCCUUUCAUCUCUAAUCUUUGUUACAAUGCUCUUCAAGGAGCUUAAAAUGGAAUAA